AUGGAAGACGUAAACGACUACUUUAAACUGGAUUAUCCACCCUUUUUUACCAACAUUGAUUGGAAUGAAAACGCAUCUACCAACAAUACGUUUAUACCCAUGGAAUUUGAUCAGCAAAAGAUACCGCCCUCUUAUCAGCACCAGCCGUUUCAGAGAAGACGUAGCUCGUCUGUUGAUUUGCCCAUCAAUCCACUCUACUCGAAUACCAACAGAUACAUGAUGGGGAACAACGAAACGACUAUACACGAAGAAGAGCCUCAGCUUCAUCCCACUCUCAAAGUCGGUUCAUCUGCCACACUUGAAUUUCCAGCAAGCAAUAACAAUUUCAAUUUUAACAAUUUGUUUGUGAAUGCAAACGCAGAUGGCUCUCCUUCCCUAUCCACAUGCUCAUCCACUAAUAAUGAUGAAAACAUGAUAUCACCUCCUCUUAGUCAAGCGCCGUUAGUAGCAGCAGCAGCAGCAGCACCACAUCCUCAGCAACAACGACAGCAGCAGCAACAGCAGCCAUUACCACAACAAACUCAGAAGAAAGCAUCUCCUCCACCUCCAUCUCAAGCAUCUCAACAACAAACAAUCACCUUUUUCCCUGAAUUGCAUCGUACGUCUUACAACACUAUUCUAGGCAAGCAGUUGAAACAACAUCAAAAGAGAAGACGAUCCUCAUCACUACCACCUGCUUUCCAUAGCAACAAGACAACCAAACCCACGCCAUUGAUCUUCACUCAAAUCCAGGUAACAGAUCCUACACCUAUCCAUCAUACCCAAAAAGCUGCCAAAGUAGACACUCGUCCUAUCGCCAUUGAAAGAGUGCCCAAGAAGGAGAAAGUAGUGGCUCCUGUGAUAUCCGAUCCUGUUGAAAAGCAAAAGAAACUAGAUGACCAGUUGAUCAAACUGAAUUUUGAAGACGUUACAGUGGCGGAACUCAAGGAGAUGUUGAGGGAGCGUGGUUUCUCUAGUUCAGGCAAGAAGGCUGUAUUGACAGAUCGACUGAGAGAGGCUCGCGAUGUGUUGCUUGGUAUUCAGCCAAAGAAGCAACAGGCACCUGCUGUGUCUGCGUCGCCUGCCAUUCAAGGGAUGGCGGACAUGACGAUCCAUUCACCUUGUCCACCUACCAUGAUGUUUUCGCCCAUGCAAGACACCAUCAUCUACCCUUCAGAAGCACAUUACCAAUAUCAACCCUCUUCAACGAUUGCAGAGCAACCCGUCAACGACUUGGACAUCAAUGACUUGUUUGAUUUUGAUACCAUGCUGGAUGGCAAUGCUAUUCUGUUUCCACCCUCCUCUGCCUCACCACAAGCACCACACUUGCAACAACAACAACAACAACAACAACAACAACAACAACAACCACAACAACCACAGCAACACACAAAUCAAUGGGAAUCGGAUUGGGAUCAAGACAAACUGGAUCAUUUUUUGACUGAAUUAGUUUAA